GCGGGGCGGCCAGGCGAACCUUAGGAGCUGAGCGCGAACAGCGGCAGUGGCGGCGGCGCGUCAGCCCCGCAGCAGCCGCUCCCCGCACCCAGCGCCGGCUCAGCGCGGUCUCCUCGCCCUGGUGCACACAGGUGCCUCCUCCUGGACGGCGGCCGCGGCGGCGCGAGGAGCGAGCGGGCAGCAGCGCCAUGGGACCCCUUCGAGAGACCAAGAAGGAGCAGAGAGUGCAGCAUCAUGAGAAGGAGCUUUCCCGAAGCCGAAUUCCCCGUUUGAUUCUUCGGCCCCACCUGCCCCAGCAGCAGCACAAAGUGUCCCCGGCCUCAGAGUCUCCCUUCUCAGAGGAAGAGAGCAGAGAGUUCAACCACAGCAGCUCCGGGCGCUCAGCGAGGACCAUUAGCAGCAACAGCUUCUGUUCAGAUGACACAGGCUGUCCUAGCAGCCAGUCGGUGUCUCCUGUGAAGACGCCCUCGGACACUGGGAACAGUCCUGUGGGCUUCCCCCCUGGAAGUGAUGAAGACUUUACCAGGAAGAAAUGCACAAUUAGAAUGGUUGGUGAGGGAGGCAUCCAGUCAGCGCGAUAUAAGAAGGAACCCAAGUCAGGCCUUGUAAAGCCAGGUAGCGAAGCCGAUUUCAGCUCCUCCAGCAGCACUGGCAGCAUUUCUGCUCCCGAGGUCCACAUGUCUGCUGCGGGAAGCAAGCGGUCCUCUUCCUCACGCAAUCGAGGUCCCCAUGGGCGGAGUAAUGGAACUUCAUCACACAAGUCCGGCAACAGCCCGCCGUCCCCGCGGGAAAAGGACCUGCUGUCCAUGCUGUGCAGGAGUCAGCUGAGCCCUGUGAACACCCACCCUAGCUACGCGCCUUCUUCCCCGAGCAGUAGCAACUCGGGCUCCUACAAAGGAAGUGACUGCAGCCCAGUCAUGAGGCGGUCCGGGAGGUAUAUGUCCUGUGGUGAAAACCAUGGUGUCAAGCCCCCGAAUCCUGAGCAGUAUUUGACUCCUCUGCAGCAGAAAGAGGUGACGGUGAGACACCUGAAGACCAGGCUGAAGGAAUCUGAGCGCCGGCUCCAUGAGAGGGAAACGGAAAUUGUGGAGCUGAAGUCCCAGCUGGCCCGGAUGAGGGAAGACUGGAUUGAAGAAGAGUGCCACCGGGUGGAGGCCCAGCUGGCCCUCAAGGAAGCCAGGAAAGAGAUCAAACAGCUCAAGCAGGUCAUCGAAACCAUGAGGAGCAACCUGGCGGAUAAAGAUAAAGGCAUUCAGAAAUACUUUGUGGACAUAAACAUUCAAAACAAGAAGCUGGAGUCCCUCCUUCAGAGCAUGGAGAUGGCACACAGCGGCUCCCUGCGGGAUGAGCUCUGUCUGGACCUCCCGUGUGAUUCCCCAGAGAAGAGCUUCCCCCGAAACACCACUUUUGACAAGAUGGCAGGGGGGCUGUCGCUGGAAGGGCAGGUCACAGAGGAAGGGGCUUACAGCGAGCUGCUGGUGGGUGAGAGCAUGGCUGAUGCCACAGAUUCGCUGGAGGAGCUGGUGACGGCCACGGCCACCGAGGCUGGCCACCUGGAGCUUCUCCAUUCCCCCGCGGGGCCGAAGGUCCUGGAGGGCCUCCCCCUGGUGGCGGGGCCGGAGGAGGGCAUCCUGGCGGUGGAGCGGGCGGUGCAGACCGACGUGGUUCCCUACAGCCCUGCAGUCUCGGAGCUCGUUCAGUAUGUGCUCCAGCUCCAGGACCCCUACCCCUCGAGCUCAGUGUCCCCCGACGAGUCCACUGCUGACUCCACAGGGAGCUUCCUGGAGUCCCUCUCUGCGUUAGUGGUUGAUUUAACCCCAAGGAAUCCAAACUCGGCCAUCCUUUUGUCUCCCGUGGAGACCCCAUACACCACGGUGGAUCCGCAAGCUCAUGCAAACCGCCUCAUGCGAGAGCUGGAUUUUGCAGGCACCGCAGAGGAAAGGUUGGACAGCAUCAUCCCGCUGGCCCGGGGGACCGUGGGGCGGCAAUACUGGAGCCACAGUUUCCUGGUGGAUCUCCUGGCUGUGGCUGCCCCUGUGGUCCCCACCGUGCUGUGGGCAUUCAGUACUCAGAGAGGGGGGACAGAUCCCGUUUAUAACAUCGGAGCCUUGCUCCGGGGCUGCUGCGUGGUGGCCCUGCACUCGCUGCGCCGCACCGCCUUUCAGAUCAAAACCUAGAUAGAAGUGGUUGUUCCCGUGUGCCAAUCUGUCCCGUGUGAUGUGGUGCCAGGUGGAGAAACAGCAGGUCGACCUAGGGCGGUCUCAGUUCUGUUGUGUUGCUCCUCGGUAUUUGAUUUGCACUAUAUUUAGUUGAAGCCUGUUCACUGUCGAGGACCCGAGGUAUCUUCAAAGGCAUGGAGACCUGAUUCAAGUAAAUGUCCCACCCGUGAGGUGUAGAAAGCAUGCUCGUGACCCUGCCGUGUCGUCCGAGGUACCCGUUCUUUCCCUAGUGGUUCAGGAAGAGAAAAUGCAAAGUUUGCACUUUCAAGACAGCUUCUGUAAGGCUGGCAUGUUAUCUCCUUGCUUUGCUUUGUGCCGUUUUCAAAUGUGUGAUAGUUCCAGCAUUCCAAUGGUCUUGUGCACAGCAGGGGACUGUAACCAAAAAUAAACACGUAUUUGUGUCAUUGGGUUGAAGAAGUCUUAACUAGUCCUUUAGUGUCUUACUUGGGGUUGAGCAGAUUUGAGUGUUUGCAGUUUUCUACUAAAUGUAGCUCCAAAGUCUUAAAAUGGCUUGUUUGUUCUUAAACCUGUUAAUUGAUGAAACUGUAUGUAAGUUUACAAUGUAUUAACUUAUUUUUUGCUUAUUAUAUAUAGUGUUUUCUUGGGAACUGUUUGUAACCACACACUUCAGCAUGAUGAAAAUAAAGAUUAGUGUUUCCAGUUAAA